UUUGAGAAAUACAGCUAUGUUUUUGUUGCUGAUCAGCGCCGUUUUGGGUGGAGUUUACGGGAUCAUGGACCUGAAGGACGCUCAACAGGAUACUUCCUACGACAACAAGUAUCCAUACCCGCGAGAACCACGCAGUGGAACCACGGCUGGAGAUUUCCGAGUGCUGGCCAGACUAGCACUACUGGAGAACAAGAUCGAGGGAGUUGAAGCUGACUACGGAUACGGCAAGAUAUUCGCCAUGCACCUCCAGUCUAACGAGACACCCGUGUGUCCAGUGGGAACCUUCAAGCUCUGGGUCGGAUACUCUCUUGUCAAAGCUUUCGACGGUUCUGGAUACAUAGAUCUGUCAGACCCUGGCUCCUGCAUGAGGAAAUUUGAUCCUGUACCUCACGUCCUGUGUCGUGGAAGAAAGUGUAGACUCAGAGGAAACAACUGGAAAUCAACAUGGCUUUGGAACAGGAACCCCCACAAUCGUAACGGAGAGAUAAUGGCUAGUCGAUGUAGCGUCUGUGAGAGCGCCAAGACUCUUCUCGUCGUCCACUCUCAGAACGAGACUGUGCCAGACUGUCCCAUGGGAUACACCUCUCAACACUUCUGGUCCGGGUUCAGUUUCAUAUCGGCUGGUCAGUCUGGAAAAGUGAGUCUCUCCUCGAUUGGCAGCUGUCUCCCUUACUUCGAGUCCUCUCCCUUCAUUGAAUGCAACGGUCACAACGAGUGCAGGGUGGUUCAAGCAUCCAAUGUGUGGCUGAGAGUGGCACACAAGGAAGGAGGAAAGAACACCCACUCUCGGGAUACAAUCAGUGCCAAGGAAGCGUGGAGGAAGAUCAGCAGAUGUCGGAUCUGUGCUCUGUACACCCCAACCUUGUGGCCGAGGGACAGGCACCCCAUCGGUGAGGAGCAUAACGGCUUCAAAUAGGGCGGACACUUGUAGGACAUUUAGGAACUGAUACUAGGAUUCUCUAGGACUAUAUCUUUUGAUAGGCCUAACUAGAAGUUCGAAAUUUAGGCCAGAUCAUAGACCAGAGGCGCAACACGCCAUGUUGGCAUAACAGUGAUUUUAAAGUUGCUAUAAUGCUCCCUGAAUAGAGGCCAAAGUAUGCUGGUGUAAUGUAUGCUAUGAAAAAAGGUGUUCAGAAUUUUAAGCUUCCCCGAGUAUGACUCGGAGCCACGCACGAUCUUGACUUGUUAUUUAUAUUAGUAACGUUUAGUAAUUUAUAUGUUUUGAAAUCUCAAUAGGUGUAACAUAGUAGUUUAAAAUUAAUUAUACGGUGGAUUUAUUUACGAAUUUCUUCAUGUGUGACUGACGAUCACUGUAAAUUAAACUUGUGAAGGCCUGCUUGAGAAGCAGGUCAAUUUUUAGAGGUCUUUGAAAAUGAGAGCAACGAUUUAAAAUUAUGCAAUUACUAUGAUGUUGCACAUGAAGAAAGUCGAGUCACUCGUAAUAUAAGAGUUUUACGCUGUAAUCGUUCUGGCCUUUAAACGAGUUCAUGGUCAUGAGCGUAUAAAUUUGAACAGUUUUCUAUCAAGUCCGAAGCUAUGAAUGAAAAUGCCUACCGUUAAUGACUAUUUUACGACCUAUUUUCAUGAAAUUCCAUCCCUAGUUUUAAUAGGGCUAUUGAUUUGCUAUGAUAUGCAAUGCUGUUAUUUUUGUAACCUUAUAGGUUCUCGAAAUUUCCCCUUCCCUGUAUAAUAUUUGUCUGGAUGUUUCGUAAGUUUAGUUAGAGUUUUAUUUGCUAUGCAGCCGUAUUCAAAGACUUGAAUUUGAACUGAUAGAAGACUAGAGGGACAAUUCGUACAAUUUUGUUCAGCUCAUUCAAAAUAAUAAUUCCAAAAUUCAAAGCUGAAAUCUUCCCUUCAAUAAUUCUCGACUUCGAUCAAUUCAACUCAAUCUUGCGAUGUAUUUAGCGAUAUUUUAACCUUCCCUACCCCCUUCACCUCCCACAAUUCUAAUAAUUUAGUACAAUUAGUAUUUGUAAACGAUUUUCUUAAAUCACUAACAUCGUGAUAUUAUAUGAUCUAUUCAAAUUGUGUUUUAAACCUAAUAACAAA